AUGAUUGAGCAUAUGUCUCUGAUAUUCAUGACUCCCCCGACGCUCCCCGUUGAGCUCUGGCUCUGCAUCUUUCGUUGGGCGACGCUCUCGCGCUCUACUCUCUCGAACUGUGUAACUGACUAUAUCCCCUUCCAAGCAGGAGAUCCAGACGGCGUAGAUAGGGAGGCCGUUGCCGUCAAGCGCACGCUCGUGCGCGUGUGCAAGUUAUGGACGGAGCUCACACGAGAUCUACUCUACGAGGAUAUCACCGUCCGGGACGCGCCCGCGGUUCAACGCGCCCUGCAUACCGGCGGAGCUGGCGAGGAGAGAUUCCGGAAAGUCCGUCGGGCCUGCCUCCCCUACUCGAGCUGCACGCCAUACAGCGCCCACAAUAUCGCUGCCGCCGCAGCUUUUCUCCACCGCUGCUCAGAGCUAGAGGUCCUCUGCAGACCCAGCACCAUGCGCGCUGAGGUUAUGAUCUUCGACUAUCCCGCCGCAGAGUGCCCUUCGCUUCGCUCGUUACGCCGUUUAGACUGGUGGCAUAUCAACGAAGCAGCGAGGAGCGGAGGAGUGAAUACCUUGACCGAGGUCAUCCGCGCGGCACCACGUCUUCGUUACCUGUCAUUGGGCGGAGACUUAUGGUUGAACCUCAUGGAGCGACAGCCGCUUGCCCUUCCCCACCUUACUACGCUCCGCAUCAGGCGCAUAAACCUCCUAUUUCUACAGCAAGUCACGCGAUGGAACAUGCCUGCCCUCCGCAACAUUGUCAUCGAUAUCUUCAGCACUCCCCUUCUCCUGGAGCCGCUGUGGGAGACCUACGGCGGGCAGAUCCGCACAGUCGAACUUGGGAAAGGCCUCAAGUUCUAUGUCCUAGACCUCGUCUCGCACGUUGUCGCGCGGUGUCCAGCCAUCGAGGAGCUGGGAUAUUAUCUCUUUUUCACCGCCGCCCCCCAAGUUCCCCAGGAGCCAAAUCGUUCCCUCACCACCCUACGCUGGCAUGCUAGCUCUAACGAGUUCUUCACUGCGGACGGCACAGACUUCUGGCGCCAUCUUGCGGAACAUGUCACCGCGUUUUCUCGGCCAUUCUUCCCAGCAUUGAAGACGAUAGUCCUACAUGGUCGAGAAUGGGACAGUGUCGUUAUGAACGAACGGUUCUUACCGUUUGCCAGGAAGCUCGGGGAGCGGGGAAUGACGAUUGAGAGGUACUUGUGAAUUAUGGAUUUGGCCGUCCUUCUUCUCUUCUACAUUAAAUCAUGCAAUCAUUUCUCUGGUCGCUGUGUUUAUCCUCACUUCGUAUAUUUUAUGUGGUAUUAAUUCGCGUAAUGCGAAUGGGUCGGAUAGAGCGCUAGGGUAUUAGGACGGACGAGAGUGUGGAUAAUCUGCACUAUCAACUUGUGGGUAUGUGAGCA